AGAAGAGGGUAUGACACUGAGAAUGGGAGAUCACGCAUCCACUGAGCAGAGCUGAAAGGCAGGGCUGGGACUACUGUGAACUGCAGAAGAAUGAGAUGGAGAAAUAUCACACCACCUGGGAGAAGAUGCUCUUCAGCCGUCUUCAGCCGUCCGUUCCCAGAAAGCCAGGGGAACAGCUUGUGGCAAGUGGAAGUUCAGGAGCUGCAAGAGCAGUCUGUGAAGCACCACUAAAAUAAUGGCAUCUGGUGGGGUGGGGAUCUAGUCGAGAGCAGGAGAGACCACGUGGGAGAGCUGGGUACUGCCUCUGGGAGGCUGGGCUGCUGGGGGCCUACAGGUUAGGGCAGAGGCUUUAUCAGGAAAAGUGAGGUUAAGGGCUGUGUUUCAGGACUGAGCAGCAGUGUAUGAGGCUUAUGAGCACAGGGGAGGAGAGUAGUCCCAAGGCUGGGACAGCAGUGAUGUGUAGGCCAAGGCUGAUACCAAUGGUGUGCCUGCGGACGUGGCAGAUCUGGGACAGUUGUCACAGAGGUUGUUCUCAAAGAGAAGAUAUCAUUGGCUCAUACUGUGACAGGGAGUUCCGUCCCUUUAACAGAGCCUUGGCUAGUUUUUGCUGCAGCAGCAGCAAGGAGAGCAGGAGGGGACCUUUGCUCAGGCAGCUUUGCUGUCCUCCUCUGCCUCCUCCCGGAGGCAUACGUGUGCGGAGACAGUCUGUUCUGUAUGCCCUCUACUGACCAUAAAGAAACUUCAUUCAAGCGAGGGCUGCAAAGGAAUGCUGAACCAUACGGAGGUGUGCGAGUUCAUCCUUUUGGGCCUCACUGACAUCCAAGGGCUACAGUACUUCUUCUUCAUCUCCUUCCUGUUACUCUACUUGACUAGCAUUUUGGGAAAUGGUGUCAUUGUGACCAUGGUGAUAUCUCAGCCCCAGCUCCACACACCGAUGUACUUCUUCCUGGGGAACCUUUCCUGCCUGGACAUUUUCUACUCUACAGUUACUGUUCCCAAGAUGCUGACUGGUUUUCUCUUUGGACGUCAACCCAUUUCUUUUGGUGGAUGCUUGGCCCAGCUCUACUUCUUCCACUUCCUGGGCAGUACUGAAGCUGUGCUCCUGGCCACCAUGGCCUAUGAUCGCUAUGUGGCCAUUUGCAACCCUCUGUGCUACACCCUUGUCAUGAACCCAAGGACUUGUCUGCUGCUGGCCACGGCCAGCUGGUCUGUUGGUUUUGCACAUGCCAUGAUGCAUUCAAUCAUGACCUCUCAACUGAGUUUCUGUGGGCACAACCACAUUCAUCACUUCUUCUGCGAUGUCAAGCCACUGUUGAACUUGGCCUGCAGUAGUACUAGCCUCAACAUGACUCUCCUCAAUGUUGUCACGACAUCAAUUGCUCUAGGCCCAUUCAUUCUGAUUGUCCUCUCCUAUCUCUACAUCAUCAUCUUCCUCUUCCAGAAGGUCAAGUCCCAGGAAGGUAGAUGGAAGCCCUUCUCCACCUGUGCCUCUCAUCUUACUGUUGUGGCACUAUUGUACAUACCGCUGUUCUUCAAUUAUACACCUCCGUCUUCAUCCAGCUCCUCUAAAAGGGACAUGCAAGUGUCUGUCAUGUACAGUGCCAUCACCCCAGCUCUAAACCCCUUGAUCUAUACUCUUAGGAAUCAGGAGGUGAGAUCUACUUUGAACAAAACGUUAGGGAGAAAACUUUUUCCUGGUGGAAAGUGGCAAGGACAAGGCUCAUAACAUGGUUACUCCACUUCCCGUAUUUACAAGAGAAGAGGUCAAAAAGAUUCUGUCUUACACGAGACUGAAGAAUACUCGUUAUCUCAUGUGGAAAUUAAUUAGGGGUUUACUGCUGAGAUCUAAACUGGGAGAUAGUCAAGACCUUGAUGUUUCUUCUGUCAUUUUAGAUGUCCUAUUGUAACCAGUCUGAUCUCCAGCCUCCAGAAAAGAAGUAUGCGUGUCUCUUGCAGAGCAUGAGCAAAAGCAGACAGCCCCAUAUAGUUGUGCUGGAUAAGAUAAGGAAUUAAACCAUGACCUGAUAGCUUUGUUUAGGAAGCGGAAUGAAUCUCUAGUCAUCCAAACGCUGGAUAUCCCAAGUAAGCAAGCAUACAUUACAUUUUCAAUGUUGAGUAGACUGAGAAAGAUAUUGCCUACGUUUGACAUGAGUCAACUCUUUUGAAGGAUCUGUAUCUUUUCAUUGACUUCCAAGUGUUUGAGUCAGCUCUUUCUUGGAGUGGUCACUUCUUGAGUUUUUUUGGAUCUCAGCAGGAACUCCUCUGUUCCCAUGUUCCAGGCCUUGCCUGCAGAUAAGAGGGAGCAGGGAGGUGCCCGCAUGUGUCUUGUCUUCACAGGAUACAGUGGUAUUGUCCUCCAGUCUCCUGUGUCGAGCUGGAGUUAUUUGCACAGGCCAGAUCUUCCGCCAGCAAAUAUUUCCUUCUGAAGGCAAACAGCUUGAAAUAAAUGCUUUUAAAUGUAAAACUGUCCACAAAGUGAUGUUGACUGCUACAUGGCAACACCCAACUCUCACCUCUUAGGUACGUCAGAGUCUUUUUGCAAGAAACACCUUGGAAAGCAAGCUUUCAGCCAAAAACAAAGGGUUCAGACAAUUGCUUCUUUUGUAUUUUCUUUCAUUAUUAUUACUUCCCUUUCAUUUUCAGUGCUAUUAAACUGUCUUGAUCUCCACCCCAAAAUUACUCUUUCUUUCUUUUUGUCAGUUCUCUCCCCAGUCUCCCUGUGGGCAGAGCGAGUGGAUGACUGUGUGAUACUCAGCUGCCCACUGGAUUAAACUGCCGUUGCUUAUAUAAAUUUCUUUUGGGUCCCAUCUUGUAUACAAACACUGAGUACAACCAAAAAAAUGCGAAUGCACUUUCAAAAAUAUUCAGUUCAAUACAAGAGGGUAAGGUGAUUUUCAGUUUUCAGUACAUUUUCACUUUCAGCUCCUACUUAGAGCCAAAUGAUCUGAGUUUUCAUCACCUAACAGAGCGUUUUAUUAUUGCUAUUGAGAGGAGAGUAGAAAUAGAGUUUUCAAACAAUUAUAAUCUGGAACUGAAGAACAUGGAAUUACAAAAGAAAGGCCCACAUAGAACAUACAAAAAAGUUCCACGCAGAACAUACACGGACUGAGUUGGAAUCAUAGAAUCAUAGAAUGAUACUCAAACUAAAGACAACGUUGUUGCACUGUAGAGAGUGGAUUUUCCUUUAUCUGUUGUAUCUGACAUAGCCAACUUGAACUUUGUUGAAUUUCAAGAGAUUCUGAGAGCUGUGGUGCAGUGUGUGUUGAGUAGCUCAUUCCAGUGCACUAAAAGACCUGGGCAAUUCCUGCAGUCCUGGGCAGGUGAGUGGAAUGAUUGCUGUUUAUCCCCACCUCCCUUCCUUGCUAGUGGUGAACAUGACCAUGAAUUCCCAGUGGGUGCCUGCGUACACACACACACACACAGAGCCACAAACAGAUCAGCAUGGACAGAAGGACCCUCU